UUUCCCGGGGCCCAACCAAAAUGCUAAAACUACUCAGAGCUUCCCCAAACUUUCGGGCCUUCAGCACAAUUGUCAACCCGAGCAAAAAUACCGUGAGUGUCGGAGGCGUCAAUUACGAAGCUGACAACUUCACAAACAUCACAGAGAAAAUUUUGUCGUACAACGGCCGAAACUUGCAUCUGCAAAAAAAUCAUCCGCUCUCAAUUUUACGGCAAAAAAUCGUAAAUUACUUCUACACUUCGUAUCUCAACAACAAAGGAAAUCCCCUGUUUUCCGUUUACGACAGUUUGAGUCCAAUUGUGUCAGUGCAACAGAAUUUCGACAAUUUGCUGAUUCCAAAAGACCAUCCAAGCCGCGCAAAAGGCGAUUGUUAUUACAUAAAUCAAAAUUUUUUGUUCCGCGGGCACACGACAGCGCAUCAAGUGGACCUCAUCCGAUCGGGUUUGGAUAAUUUUUUGAUUGUUGGCGACGUUUAUCGACGAGAUGAGAUCGAUUCGACGCAUUAUCCGGUCUUUCAUCAAAUUGACGGCGUGAGAAUCGUUCAUCGGGACAAACUUUUCGGCGAUUCGAUGGAUUUGGAGAUUUUCGAACAGCAUUACAAGACAAAUUUGAACAAAAAUAUUCCGCCGGAGGACUUGCAAAAGUGCAUCGAUCAGAAUAAACAACCGAAUCACACGUUGGAAGCAGUAAAAGUCAUGGAACAUGAACUCAAACAAAUUUUAAGCGAACUCGCGAAAACACUUUUUGGCUCAAAAAUCGAAUGUCGAUGGGUCGACACUCAUUUUCCCUUCACGCAACCCUCGUGGGAGCUCGAAAUCCUUCACAAAGGCAAAUGGAUCGAAGUUUUGGGCUGCGGCAUCAUGCGGGACGAAAUUUUGCAAAAUACUGGCGUGACAAAUUCCAUCGGAUACGCCUUUGGUCUCGGGCUUGAGAGACUCGCGAUGAUUCUUUUUGACAUCCCCGACAUUCGGCUGUUUUGGAGUCGCGAUUCGGGCUUUUUGAGUCAAUUCGACGAGAAAAAACCGAUUAAAAAAAUGAAAUAUAAGCCAGUUUCGAGUUUUCCGCAAUGUCCGAACGACAUUUCCUUUUGGCUGCCAGAAACGAUGGAUUUGGAGGCGUUUCCGGCGAACGAUUUGUUUGACAUGGCACGCGACAUUGGCGGUGAUGUCAUUGAACAAAUUUCGUUAAAAGAUAAGUUCACACAUCCCAAAACAGGUAAAUCGAGUUUGUGCUAUAAGAUUGUCUAUCGACAUAUGGAACGUACGUUGACGCAGGAGGAAGUCAAUGAGAUUCAUAAGAAAAUUGGGGAGACGUUGGCGGAAAAAUUAGGAGUCGUUAUACGAUGAAAAAGUUGAUUUUUUAGGAGAAAAA